AUGCUCAGCCAGAGCGGUGCCAGUUCCUCGGAACAGCAGGGACAGGGCAAUAAGCGACAACGCACGGCAGCCAUGUAUCAUCGCAAACGCGCCGUGACAGCUUGCCAAUCCUGUCGAUUGAGGAAGACCAAGUGCGACAAUGUUCGUCCAGUUUGUGGCUUUUGCUCUAGAAGCGGUGCUCAAUGUGUCUACCCUGGCUCUGGGCCUGAUAGUGAUUAUUCAAGCUAUGAUCCCGCCAGUUUGACUAUUCUGGAUCGGCUCAAUCAUGUUGUGUCUCUACUGGAGUCACGGCCUUUAGCAGUACUUGUGAAUGAUACAGGAUCAUACAAUUCACAGCAUGACACAUCUAGUAUAUCAGAAAGGACUGCUAGUAUCACUCAGCCAUUGCGUGUUGCUCCAAUACACGUAUCGAGAGACCUAACGACACAUGUUCCUGAGGGCGACAUCCUCCAGGUCCUUGAGCGCCCUGAAUUUCCUUCAGAAUCUAAUAAUUGUGAGAGUAUUAUGCGGUGGCCAAUAUUCCAAGGCCUCGUGCCUGAGGUACAAUCCUUCGUCCUGGAGCUAAAUGAAGAUGUAGAAGCAAGGUCCAGUGAUUCGCGGGGAGUCUCAGCUGGGAGAGGCGUCCAAGAGGAGGAUUUCGUUCCACUUUCAAAACGGUUUCUGGCAUAUGUACAUGUCAAGAACCCAAUUCUGGAUGUGAAGGAUUAUAAAAAGAAGGUCAGAGAAGCAGCUGAGAAUGGCCCAAGGUGGGAUGACGCGUCUUGUCUGGUACUGAUCUCAUGCGCGAUUGCCUGCCUCUCAGUACCCUUUCACACCGAGGCAGAUGUUGACGGCUCUCCUGCCUCAACACGCUCAUCGGCAAACACUGUUUUAGACCCGGACACCGCUGCAUCAUACUAUCUAGCCGCAAGGAAACGGCUUGGACUGCUUCAGCCAUCACUUCUAUACAUACAGUGCCUAUUCCUUUGUGGUAUCUACGAGAUGUACUGCCUUCACCCACUGCAAGCUUGGUUUCACUUCAACCGCGCUUGUGUCGAUUUACGAAACAUCCUCUGGACUCGCAGUCAGAAGAAGUCGAGCCAGGCAACCACGCAGGAAACUCGCCGACUUGAACAAAGACUGUAUUGGUCCUGUGUCAAAACGGAAUACGAAUUACGGUACGAGAUACCGCUACCACCAAGCGGUAUCACGCAGUGUGACUAUCCAGACAUGUUUCCGUCACCACCAACAGAACUGACCUCUCCAUCGGUCUAUGAUCGAGGUGACAUAUUGGAAGAUGAUAUUGUUCCCGAAGAGGAGAAGAGUUGGUUCUAUUAUCUGGCCGAGAUUUCUUAUAGAAGGAUGAUGAAUCGAGCCAUGGCCGUAAUGGCCCGGAGCGGAGAGCAAAGUUGGAGUGAUAAUAUCUGUGAAGCUAUGGAGCAUUGCAAAGAGUAUUCGCACAUUCCACCUCAAAUCGACCCAAAGAAUGCAGUACAUGCCAACAACGAGCUGGCGCAGUUUUUGAAAAAUCGUGAACUAUCCUGUCGAGAAUGGAUACACCGCCCCUUUCUCUUCUUCGUACUUCACCAAUCGCCAGAAGAUGAACACUACGGUCGAGCUAUCCCACUGGCGCAAAAGUGUCUCGAGUUGUGCGUAGAGCACCUCUUCCGAACUUAUGGGCAUAACCGGCAUCAUGGAACGUGGUACAUUGCACGUUCCUGUGUGACUAAAGCUUUGAUCUUGCUGGCUGCGGCGAAGAGGGGUGGCAUACUUCUCCCUUCAGGCUGGAAAGAGGCACUGGAAAUAGCGCGAUGGACUGUAAACCGGUGGUCAAGUGAAGCUCCAGACCUUGAGUGGGCCCAGAGAAUAUUGGAGAGUAUCGUGGGAGAGGUUGAAAAGAAUGUGUAG